AUGGCUAGUAAUUCCGACAAAGGCGAGAAGACCUCGCUGGGAGACCAUGAGAAAUCAACAUCUCCUGAACCAGCUAGAAGCUCUCUUGAAAAUGGUCAGAUUGUCCGUGACGAGGCUUUUGGUGAUCUCCAUCGAAGCUUCACCCCACGACAGAUUCAUAUCAUAUCUCUCGGUUCCAGCGUCGGCAGCGGAUUGUUCAUCGCCAUCGGCAAGGCCUUGGCCAACGGUGGACCCGGCACCAUGUUCCUCGCAUAUCUGAUGGUUUGCAGUGGAGUGUGGGCCAAUCUCCAGACUCUAGGUGAAAUGACGGUGGCCUUCCCCACAUCCGGCAAUUACAUCGAUUAUGCCGGUCGAUGGGUCGACCCGUCUCUUGCUUUUGGAGCUGGUUUUGCCGAGUGGUUUGGUUGGAUUGCUGUUUUCGCCGCUGAAGCCGAAUUCUUUGUUGUACUUGUCGACUACUGGGCAGAAGGCGCCGUCCCACAGGCCGCACUACUUUCGAUAUUCUUGGUCAUCUGCCUCGUCGUUUUCGUCUUGCCAAACAAAGCGUUCGCUUGGCUGCAAUGCAUCGGAUCCCUCGUCAAGAUCGUUCUCUUCAUCAUCAUUAUCGGCCUCUCCUUGGCCCUCAUCGGAGGCGCCGGCCCAACCGGUUCUGUCAGUGAUGGGAGCUACUGGAGGAACGGCCUGGCAUUUCAGAAUGGAUUCGGAGGAUUUGCAAACUGCGCUCUCCUGGCCAUUUGGGCCGUUGGUGACCAAGUCUUCAUCGGUAUCAUGGGCGGCGAAGCCAAGUCCCCUCGCUAUUCCAUGGCUCAUGCUGCUACGCUGGUUCCCAUCCGUGUUGGCUUCAUGUACAUGGUCUGUGUCGUCUUCAUUGGCCUGCUUGUUCCCUCCACCGACCCUCGUCUCCUCGGCGCAUCGGGUUCUGCGGCUUCUCCAUUUGUCAUUGCAGCCACCAAUGCGGGAUUGAAGGUCAUUCCUGACAUCAUCAACGUCUGCAUGAUCAUUGGAAUCGUCGCUAUUGCUCUGGAAUCCAUCUACCUCCCCUCCCGCAUUCUUCGCACUAUGGCCUUGCAGGGACUCAUUCCGUCAAAGCUCGCCAAGUGCGACGAGCUUGGUAGACCUCGAUGGGCUCUCGGCAUCAGCUCUGUUGUCGGUACCAUCAUGACUUACAUGAGCCUUAGCGGUGGUGGCACCACGGCCUUGAACUGGUUCAUCUCCAUCACGAGCGCCUCGUUCUUUUCCAACUGGGCUAUCAUCUCUUUUACCAACUUCCGCUUCCACCAAGCCCUGCGCGCACAGGGCGAUAAGAUCUUUGAUCAGAUCUACGGCUGGCGGUCUAUGGCAUGGCCCUUUAUGCCUGCCUACCUGAUGGUGGGUGGCGGCGGUUUCACUGCGAUCAACUUCUUCCAGUACACCAUUGGCUUGCUAGUCAUCCUGGGCUUCACAGCUGCAUACAAACUAAUUAGGCGCACAAAGUGGCAGGAUCCUGCCACGGCGGAUUUGACGACUGGCCGACAUGUUCUCAGUGUCGACGAGAUUCAGUUUCUCGAUGCAUAUUACCGCCGACCGUUGUGGCGUCGCAUCGGAACAUAUGUUUCCCUCAUUUAAGCCGCGAUGUGCGGCCGUUCAUUUCGUUCUUCGACCUUAGUAACGUAUCCAGUCAUGAUUGCCCGCACAUAGUCCUAGCUAGUAUCCGUUACCGCCACUCUAGAGACAACAGGGCGUCAUUCUAGUUUAAUUACAAGAGAUUAUCCUAUUGUGCGAGUGUUUACUACGUAGUAGCUGUGCAAGUGCAACUAAUCUGUCCGUCCAGGGUAGGCCCUCUUUUCUGGGGGGGAUCUUGAUUGUAGUGGCGAUUGAGUGUGUACGAAGUUUGUUUUUCUCAUGUUGUUGCCUUUCCCGAGAGUCCGGCUUUCUGAUCUAAUGAGGGUGAACUGAUAAGGAAAACUAGGUCGUUAACACAAUUUGAUACGAGUAAAGAAUACUCAGUGUUGACGAAAAGGCACGGCAAGGACACAGAGGAGACCAGCCUAACGACGGAC